GGUUGCGUUCGUACUAAACGCGCCAAAUUGGUAAAGCAGACAGUAAGAACGAAUUAUAGUAAUAAACAGCACAGUUUUUUUUUUUUCUUAUUGUCUGAUUUGUCAGUCGUACUCCUUGUCUGUGUAGUCAUAUGGAAGAAUCUCCUGUUACCCGAAACUGUACCUCCACAGAGCUGGAAAACUGAAGAUCAUGGCAGUGCCUUUCGUUCAGGACUGGGAUCUGGUGCAGACUCUAGGCGAGGGCGCUUAUGGCGAGGUCCGCCUGCUGGUCAACAGGAAGACUGAGGAGGCAGUGGCGGUGAAAGUUGUGGACAUGUCUACUGCCAAGGACUGUAUGGACAACGUGAAGAAAGAGGUGUGUGUGCACAAGAUGCUGUCCCACCCCAAUAUAGUGCGCUUCUAUGGGCACAGGAGUGAGGGAUCAAUCCACUACAUCUUCCUGGAGUAUUGCAGUGGCGGCGAGCUGUUCGAUCGAAUAGAGCCGGAUGUAGGAAUGCCGGAAAAGGAAGCUCACAGGUUUUUUCAGCAGCUAAUAGCUGGAGUGGAAUAUCUCCACAGUACCGGAAUCACACAUCGAGACAUCAAGCCAGAAAACAUCCUGUUAGAUGACAAAGAUAAUCUGAAGAUCACAGAUUUCGGGCUGGCCACCAUGUUCCGGCACCGUGGCCGCGAGCGUAAGUUGGCCCGCCUGUGUGGAACGCUGCCCUACGUGGCUCCAGAGCUGAUGUCCCGUUCCGAGUUUAACGCUCAGCCUGCAGACGUCUGGGCCUGCGGCAUCGUUCUCACUGCCAUGCUGGCUGGAGAGUUACCAUGGGACCAACCGAGCGAGAGCUGUCAGGAGUAUUCUGACUGGCUUCAGAAGAACACCUACCUUACACCAUGGAAGAAGAUCGAUUCCAUGCCUCUUGGUCUGUUAACAAAGAUACUGCUCCAUAGUCCUGAGGACCGGAUCACCAUUCCUGAGAUCAAAAAGCACCGCUGGUUCAGCAGGAGCUUCAAAUCAGGGGGAAAACGCCAGACUGACGUCCACGGACCACUAACCAAGAUGCUGCGUUCUGACUCUGUGAGAUUUCAGCUAGCACGAACGAACAGUGAUGAGCGGGCGCAGAUUUCCAGCUCUCAGCCGGAGCCACAGGGCUUGUGGGAGGUCAGGGAAGACGUGGUGCACACUGAGGGAGCUCAGGUCAGCUUUUCACAGCCUGCUUGCCCUGAUCACAUGCUAUUAGGAAGCCAACUGCUGGGCACACCAGGUGCUAGCCAGAGCCUAUGGCAGAGGUUAGUGAGAAGGAUGACCAGGUUCUUCACUACCCUGGAGGCAGAGGCGUCCUGCACAGCCCUGCGUGACACCUGUAUUAGCUUGGGUUACACGUGGAAACAGAGCUGUACCAACCAGGCAACAGUGUCCACAAUGGAUCGCCGUAACAAUAAGCUUAUCUUCAAAAUCCACUUCCUGGAAAUGGAGGAACGUAUUCUUGUAGAUUUCAGACUAUCGAGGGGUGAUGGUUUGGAAUUCAAGACAAUAUUCGUGAAACUCAAACAGAAGCUGACGGACAUCAUAAGUAACCAAAGGGUUCCUACAGUUUUUACAUGAUGAAGUAAAUCACCUUGGUUCAGUAUUGAUACUCUACAUUAUAUACUCUGCGUAUUAUGUUUGAUUCUUACUUUAUAUGAUACCCUUGUUUCUAGUGUUUCCAGUUUGUUAGCAUGAAUAAGGAAUGUGAAAGCAUUGUAUAGGGUUGCAAAGGCUAACUUUUGAGUUUGCGCGCCCCCCCCCCCCCACACACACACACACUGUGAAGUUUUAAGACCACCCCUUGUUUCUUGCUCACUUGUUUUAAAGUUUUAUCCUGCUGUUACUGUUUGAAAAAGAUAAGAAUAAAUAUUUCCAAAAAC